GGUGCUCCGCCCUUUCUGCCGGCAGUGUGCGGCGGUGUUGCUUGCAAACCCGCUUUGCGAGUGGGGAUGGCGGCGUUAGCGGCGGCUGCCGGCGGGCUGUUGAGGCUGCGAGCGGCUGGGGCAGAAGGACAGUGGCGUCGGCUUCGAGGCGCGGGGCUGCUGCGGGUCUUGGUGCAGCCCGACUCGGCCACUGGGUUUGCGGCGCAGAGGAGGCAUGUGGCUCACUUCACUUUCCAGCCCGACCCGGAGCCCCAGGAGUAUGGGCAAACUCAGAAAAUGAAUCUUUUCCAGGCAGUAACAAGUGCCUUGGAUAACUCAUUGGCUAAAGAUCCUACUGCAGUAAUAUUUGGUGAAGAUGUUGCUUUUGGUGGAGUCUUUAGAUGUACUGUCGGCUUACGAGACAAAUAUGGAAAAGAUAGAGUUUUCAACACACCGUUGUGUGAACAAGGAAUUGUUGGGUUUGGAAUUGGGAUCGCAGUCACUGGGGCUACUGCCAUUGCGGAAAUUCAGUUUGCAGAUUAUAUUUUCCCUGCUUUUGAUCAGAUUGUUAAUGAAGCUGCCAAGUAUCGCUAUCGUUCUGGGGAUCUUUUUAAUUGUGGAAGCCUCACCAUCCGGGCCCCUUGGGGCUGUGUUGGCCAUGGGGCUCUUUAUCAUUCUCAGAGUCCUGAAGCUUUUUUUGCUCACUGCCCAGGAAUCAAGGUGGUUGUACCCAGAAGCCCUUUCCAGGCCAAAGGACUUCUUUUGUCAUGCAUAGAGGAUAAAAAUCCUUGUAUAUUUUUUGAACCUAAAGUACUUUACAGGGCAGCAGUUGAACAGGUUCCUGUAGAAUCAUACAACAUUCCCCUGUCCCAGGCCGAAGUCAUUCAGGAAGGGAGUGACGUGACUCUAGUUGCCUGGGGCACUCAGGUUCACGUGAUCCGAGAGGUAGCUUCCAUGGCUCAAGAGAAGCUGGGAGUGUCUUGUGAAGUCAUUGAUCUGAGGACUAUACUACCUUGGGAUGUGGAUACAGUUUGCAAGUCUGUGAUCAAAACAGGGCGACUGCUAAUCAGUCAUGAGGCUCCCUUGACAGGCGGCUUUGCAUCAGAGAUCAGCUCUACGGUUCAGGAAGAAUGUUUCCUAAACCUAGAAGCUCCUAUAUCAAGAGUAUGUGGGUAUGACACACCGUUUCCUCACAUCUUCGAGCCAUUCUACAUCCCAGACAAAUGGAAGUGUUACGAUGCACUUCGAAAAAUGAUCAACUAUUGACUGUAUUGUUCUAUUUUGAGAAUGUACCAGAUGUAAGUUCAAGCCAUUAGUCAACACAUCCUCGGUAUUCUUCCAGAUACACUGAGGGAGAUGCUGUGUAUCUGGUGUCCUCUUAAUGUCUGUGAAAGCAACUGGUUUCUACAGUAAGUCACACUUAGGACUAGUUAGAGGAAUACCAUCUCUUUUGUCCAUCUUCUUCCUUCCAUGGACUCUCCCUAAUGGAGAGUCAAGGUAAUCACAAUGUGUGGCCACAGAGUUUAGGUGCUGAUUUAAAUUUGGAUAUAUAAUUCUUUUAAACAUAAAAAAUAUGUAAACCUAUUGAAAACAUGAUAAAAGAAGAAUAGUUUUUCUAUGCUUCAAGCUAAAUAUGGCAUUAAGGAAAAGAGUUAUGCAGUUGAGAAAUCUAUAUUUAAUUCAUGGUGGUCGGAAUGUCUAUAAUUGUUAUUGAUUUC